CACACUUCCUGCCUACCUCCUUGUGAGAAAUGUGUCAGUCUACGAAGAGGGGUUCCACUGUUCUCAUCUCUCCAGAUCACUGUAGCUCAUUUCCCUGAUUUGGAACAAUGUCAUUUGUGAAUACUCUAAAACAGUGGGAUGAGGCAGUGGCCUGUUUCGAACGGGGGGACUCUGCGGCUUCCCUUGGAACAUUUCUGGACAUCCAGGAAAAGAACUCCAAAAUCUUUUUCAACGUUGGCUGUCUACAUUUGAUUAAUAAGAACCUAGAUGCAGCUGAAAAGGCUUUCGAUGGCAGUAUCGGAAAGGAUGGACACUUGGCUGUUGCAUUCUUUCAAAGGGCAUUGACAUUCUACAAAAAAGAGAGGUAUGAGGAGUCUUUAGCUGAUUUUCAACAUGCCUUCAGGAUGUUGAGGGGCAACCAGCUGAUUGACUACAAACCUCUUGGUCUGAGAUACAAAUUAUAUGCUUCUGAGGUACUGCACAACAUGGCGCUGGCCCAUGCUCAGCUGGGUCAGUGGGAGAAAGCCAAAGAGACCAUCCUGACUGCUCUGAACCUCAGGACUGAGGCCAAACUCAGCCACAUUGACAGAGGUCUGGAGUGCAUCCUGAAGCAGAAGGUGUUUGAGCCAGUUGAGGUCCCAGCGAAAGUUCUGUUCAAGCCAAACAAGAACUACGUGGCUGAACUGGAGAAGAAGGACUACCUGGGCAAGGCCAAGGUUGUUUCUUCCAUCGUCUUUCAGGAUGAUUUCUCUGGCUUUGCUCCGUUACAGCCACAGGUUGAAGAGGUUCCUACCAGACCAAAGGUGCCUGAAGUUCUGAGGGCACUGGAGGAGGGUGAGCCUCACACUGUCCUCUUUGAGUUUGUCCCUGAGACAAGUGAUGAGUUAGCUGUGGUGCCUGGCAAUAUCGUCUUUGUGCUGAACAGCGGAGAAGACAACUGGGCAUCUGUCAUCUUCAAUGAAAGAAGGGGACUUGUUCCUUAUAAUUUCCUGGAGCGUUUGGAAAUAACCUUAUCAUCUAAGCAAGAUCAGGAUGGGACAGACAAGGAUGACAUCCCAGCUCCACCUAGACGAGAACCACUGAAAAGACCUCAAAGAAAACCUGCUUUGGCUACUGAAAAUCAGAGCAUUGGGGACACAGGAACGGAGUCUUGCCAGAUUGAAGAGUCAUCACUGUGUGUAGUGAAAGUGCACUUCACAUACACCAUAACAAUGUGCAUGGUGCCUGGACUUCCCUACACAACCACUCUGGAGAAAAUCAGUAACAAACUGGGCCUUCCUGCCAUGGCAAUCACCUUGAGCUAUGCCCACUUAGAUUCUGGUAAAAUAGUGAUUGAUGAGGACACGAGGAUGGAAGAUGUUUGGAGCUGUGUCCACAAUGGUCGUCUAACACUGUGGUGUGAUCUCAAAGAGGGUAUGAGUGAGCAGCUGCAAAGCCAGAAUCAACUGAUGGCCCUUCAUUCCUACGAGUCUUCAACUCCAGAGGACCUCGAGUUCCAUCAAGGAGAUACCAUCUUACUUCUCUCCAAAGUCAAUGAAGACUGGUUUGAGGGACAGUGCAACGGGAAGAUUGGCAUAUUCCCAGCAUCCUUUGUGGAAGAAGUUCCCAUGAAAGAUAAAUAAUAUGAUCAGAACAAACGGCUAAGGAACAAUGACUGUCGAGAUUGUGGGAUUUGUUAUUUCUACUUUGUCUUUGUCCUGGAUACUGUCAACCAACCAACCAUCAAAGAAAAACAUACAGAAGCAUAGACACAAAGUCAGAUUUCUACAUUUACAUUGAGGGAAGACAUUUAGGUCAGAAAAGUCUACCUAAGCAAGGACUUUUCUUCACUAGGCUGAUAUUUACUGAUUUAUGUGAUGUUAUUGUUAAAGUAUGACAUUUUAACUGUUUUGGCAGGCACAAAUCAGGCAUGCCCUGGUUUUCUACGUAUUUGAAUGUAAUGCAGUAGUAUGUUUUUAAUUAUUUGUUAUGUGUAUGUAUCGGACACCAGAAAUUAAGUUUCCUCAGGAAAAAUGUAGUUCUGCUAAGUUAUUUUCUUAUGUCAUUGUUAAACAAAUUAAACAUUGGUUAUAUAGCCAUAGACUUUUCUGAGUUCCAGUUUUAAGACCUUUGGUAUACGUGUACAGAGCACAGUUAAUAGCACAGUUCAUUUAAACUAUGACUGAUCUAAAUAGCCUAUAAAUGACCUAUAUAUAGCCUAUAAUGAUUUUAAUGAAAAUCUUGAAUAUAUCUCUUUUGUAUAUCUCAUUUGUGAUUUACAGUACACAGAGCAAAAAGUUGUUGAAUAAAUAAUAAUAAUUAUG